AUGUCUAGGAUUAUAGAUGAGUUGAAAUUAUUCUUGACCAACUUAUCCAAAGGAUCAGAUACUGUCGACACAAACGAUCUAAUGGAUUCGGGAAUUGCUGACAAAACGGUAAUUUUAAAUAUAAAAGAGAAGCUUGGUGAUAGUCCUUGGAACGUCCAAAAUUUAAUCAACCUAGGAAUAGACGUGAUAGAAGAAAAUAAUAAUAAGGGUGAUACAUAUGAUGAUAAUAAUAAUAAUUAUGAUAAUAAUAAUAAUAAUUAUGAUAAUAAUAAUAAUAAUUAUGAUAAUAAUAAUAAUAAUUAUGAUAAUAAUAAUAAUUAUUAUGAUAAUAAUAAUAAUAAUUAUGAUAAUAAUAAUAAUAAUUAUGAUAAUAAUAAUAAUAAUUAUGAUUAUAAUGAUGAUUAUGAACUCGAAGUAAAACAUGAUAGUAGUGAUAAUAUUAUCUCAGAUGUUGAAUGGGAAAAAAUAUGUUCUGAUUAUGAAAAGUUUACUAGUGGUAACGUCGAAGAUAUUAUUCAUAAGGAUGUCCAUGAUAUUAUGAAAUAUGAAAAAAAAAAAAACGAUAAUAAUAAUGAUAUAAAUAAUGAUAUAAAUAAUGAUAUAAAUAAUGAUAUAAAUAAUGAUAUUAAUAAUGAUAUAAAUAAUGAUUACAAUAAUGAUUACAAUAAUGAUUACAAUAAUGAUUACAAUAAUGAUUACAAUAAUGAUUACAAUAAUAAUGAUUAUUAUAAUAACCAUCGUGGGUAUUGUGAUAAGGACAAUAAUAAUAAUAUAUAUCACGAUUAUAAUAUUAUUAAUAUUAAUGAUGAUGAAAAUUUUUACGUAAAGUAUGUAAAAUAUAAAAAAUGUAAAGCUAUAGAAGAAUUAUUAAAAAAUAUGGUAAGCGAUAAGAAAAUGUUUAGUAACUAUCCAAUAAUAAAGGAAUUUAUUUUAUUAUUAAUUUUUUUAUUUCAACGUAUAAGAGCAGAAAAUGAAUAUAAAAAUGUGGAUAAUAUAAAUAAUAUCAAAAAUGGGGAUGGAACAAAUUUUUCAUGUCUUGAAAAAAAGAAAAACAAAAAAAUAAAGCUCACUAAGCUUAGAUCUAACAGUUGUAUGACUCAAAAAAUAGAGAACACAAAAAAUUCAUAUGACAUGAAAAAUGUUGGAAAAGAAAUAAAACACAUAAAUAAUAUAAUGAGUGAUGAAACUUGUUUUCCAGUUUAUAAUAAUUUAAAAUUAAAAGAAGAUCAUGUACAUAAAUAUAACACAUCAGACCAUGAUCAUAUGUUGUUAAAAUAUAUUGAUAAAGAAGAAAAAGAAAAUAUGAGAUAUUGUAUGAACCGUGAUAGUUGUUUUAAUUAUUCAAGUAACGAUGAAAAGGAACGAAUUUAUAAAUAUCAUAAUAAUGAUAAUAUAAAAAAUAAUAAAAAUUAUAAGAUGCCACACAAUAUGUCACAUAAUAAAUUUUACAAAAUAGAUAGAUAUUUAGAAGAACCCUUUUGUACCUUUCCAAUAUAUAAUAAUAUAUUUUCUAAUUUAACACAUAAAAAAAAAUCAAUGUAUCCAUAUAACAUAGAUGACAUAAAACAUGCACUUAAUAAUGAAAAUAUAAAUAAAGUAUGUGAGACGUUAUUCAAAUAUAUGCAUUAUAUUAGAAGAAGUAAAAAUGAAGAGAUGAAGAAAAGGUCCAUUAAUAUGAUUAUUAUUUUAUUAUAUCUAACCUAUAUUUCAUUUGGUAUUUAUUUUUUAAAUACAUAUAAUAUAUAUAUAAGAUUAUAUUAUUUAUAUAAAGAAUUUCAAAUAUUCAAAAAAACAAAUAAUGAUAUACAAAAAAAGUUAAAUAAAAAAAUUCAACAACAUCUUCAUCAACAUAAACUAAGUGAACAAUACACACAAGAAUAUGAUAAAUUAAAAACGAGUUUUCUACAUUUAAAAAAAGAAAAUGAAAAACUUAAAAAUUAUAAUAAAGUUAUUCAAAAAUUAAAAAACAAAAUUGACAUUAUGCAAAUAGAAAAAACAAUUAUCAUGAAAAAAAAAGAAGAAUUAGAUGACCUAAUUAAGCAAAAAAAUAUUUUAUUAAAUCAAAAUAAUAUAACAAACAAAACAAACAAAAAUAAAACAUUUAAUAACAUUAUCAAAAAAACAUCUCCUGUGAUAAACAAAAAGGAUUACUUAAAAAAUAACACGUUACAAUCAAAAAAUACAAAAAUCUACUUCAAAAAUAAGCAUAUACAACUAUCACAGGGUCUUAAUACACCUAUCGAAAGUACAUCACAAAAUAAUUCCACACAUGAAACAUACUCAUCAGAUGAAAGAAAAAAUAUUAAAAUAAAUUGUUCUAAAAUAAAUGAUGAACAAAUUAAUAUUAAACAUAAUGAAAUAACAAACAAAUGGUAUUAUACCUCAACAGAAAAUGAUGAUAAAAAUAUAUUAACAUAUUCAAAUAUAUGUAAAAAUGAACAAACUCUACAAAGCAUAAAUAAUCAUUAUGAAGAAAAUAUAAAACAAAUGGUAACAAGGAAAAAAAAUCAAAAUAAUAUAAAAAAAAUAUAUACUAAUGCUUACACACAAUAUGAUAUUAAAACAAAUACUACUGAAUGUGCAAAUUGUAUAAAUAAUAUUUUUAAAAAUAAUAAAUUAACACCAAAGCAAGAAACACAAACAUAUAUAUAUAAUAAUAAUAAUAAUAAUAAUAUUAAUAUGUAUAUUUUGAAAAACAUGAAUUCUACAAUUAUUCAUACAACAUUUUAUCAAAACAAAUUUAAUAAAAUCACAGGUAUUCUAAAUUAUGAUGAUAAUUAUUUUAUGCCUUUAUAUAUUUUUUAUAUGAAGAAAAUAAAUUAUAAAGAAUUAAUUAAAAAUUAUUUUUUAUAUAAUAAAUAUUUUUAUAUUAAUGAUCUAUUUCAACUAAAAAUAAAUACGAAUUAUGAUGAUCAUCAUAUUAUAAGUAAAAAUAGAAACCAUCCAAAUGGGUACCACCAUCUAUAUUAUUAUGAUUAUUAUGAUUAUUAUGAUUAUUAUUUAUAUUAUUUAUAUUAUUAUGAUUGUAUGGUUAGUCAACAUAUCUUCCAAAAUAUAAAUGGACAGGAAAAACAAAUUACACUAAAGAAUGAACAGAAUAAAAAUACAUACAAAGAUUUUAAUAUAAAAAAUAAAAAGGAAUUUAUUUUAUUUGAAAAUAAGAUAAACAUGCUACAUAUAACAAAACCUAUGUUCAAUAUCAAAUAUAUUAAUAAUAUUUUAAAUUUAUAUGAUUAUGAUAAAGUAUUUCAAGAGUACUUAUCUUUAACAAAUUCAUGUUAUAAUAACGUUCAUGAUCUUCUUCCCAUGUUUCAUACACAUUAUCAUUAUUAUUAUGAUUACUCUAUAUAUUCGGAAAAAAAAAAAUGUUCACAAGAAAUUAUUUAUUUAUAUAACAAAAUGGAUAAGAUAAACAAAAAUAAAGUUUUUAUAGAAAAAGAAAAAAAAAUAUGUAUAAAAAAUAAGAAAAAUUAUAAACUGCCUAAUAUAAAUCAAUGCUACCAAAAAUCAACUUUUAAUAUUUAUUUCAAUUUAUUAAAACAAACACAACAUAUAAGGAAAGAAAUAUACAUCUCCAAUGUAAAAUUAUGUAAUAUUGUAUCUAGUGAUGAUAAUAUUAUUAUUAUCAACAAUAAAAAUAUUCAUAAACACAAACAAACAACUAAUAAUAAAUAUAAUCAUAAUAAUUAUAAUAAUAAUAUAUAUUAUUAUUCAUACUUUAAAUUACACCAAUUAUUCUUAAAAAAAAAAAAUAUACACUUUCCUACAGAUAAAUACAAAACACAUCUCUACUGCUCACAUUUUGGAUAUAUAUACAAAACUAUUAUUUCUUUUAAAAAAAAAUAUAAACAAUAUUUAUUGUUUAAUAAAUAUAUUAAUAAUUUAAACAAAUUCAAACAUAAAUAUUUGAUAAUGAAUACAUAUAAAAUCAAAAAAAAAAAGAAAACGAAAAGAAAAAGAAAAAGAAAAAGAAAAAGGAAAACACACAUACAUUAUAUACCAUAUAAGAAUAAUUUAAAUACCAAAAAUUCAAUAUCAAAUAAACUAAGCAAAUAUAAAAAAAAAAUUUAUAAAGAUAAAAUUGUUAAUACCAAUUUUUCUUAUCAUAAUAUCUUAAUCAAAUCUUUAUAUAUAUUUAAUUUAAUCUUUUUUCUAACUUUUCUCUUAUUAUUAGAUGUGUACAUUUUAGAUCAUACAUUACUCUCUGGUCUUAUUUAUAUCCUAUGUAUUCUACUAUUUCUUUUAACAUCACUUUUUAGAAGUAUUGUAUAUUUAAUUAAUAUCCCUUUAAAUAAAAAAAUUAUACCACAACACUUUUUAGAUACCUUUUCGGUUCAUUUUGUGAAAAUAGUAAAUUAUAUGCAGCUCUACUUUUAUGAGAAUAAUGAUGAUAUAUAA